ACGGUGCGGGGGGGGUCAUGUGACGGCAUCAUGGCGGCGGCGGGGAGAUGCUCGGUGUCGCUGCUCCCGCUCUCACUCCUCCUCCUCCUCCUCGCCUCGACCGCCGCCGCCCUCAGUCCCCGGGACAGCCCGUCCCGAGAGCUGAAGCAACUGGGCGGCCUGUGGAGCUUCCGGGCCGAUCGCUCCCCCAGCAGGGAGCAGGGCUUCGAGGAGAAGUGGUUCCAGCGGCCGCUGGCAGAGACUGGGCCGGUGAUCGACAUGCCCGUUCCAGCAAGCUACAAUGACAUCACACAAGAUCCCAAUCUGAAGAAUUUCAUCGGCUGGGUGUGGUAUGAGAAUGAAGUGUGGGUGCCCAGAUGUUGGAUCUCCCCAGAAGCUGGGAAGAGAGUGGUCAUCUAUGUUGGAAGUGCCCAUUAUUUUGCAGUUGUUUGGGUGAAUGGUAUUCAGGUUGCCUUCCACGAAGGGGGCCACCUUCCUUUUGAAGCUGACAUCACUAAAAUCAUUCAGAGUAGUCCAUCUCCUCAGCACAGAAUCACUAUAGCAGUAAACAACACACUUACGCCUUAUACUUUACCUCCAGGAAAUAUUGAAUACAUGACGGAUACAAAAAGGUAUCCUCGUGGUUAUUUUGUGCAGAUCAUCCAAUUUGAUUUCUUCAAUUAUGCUGGGAUUCACAGGCCAGUUCUACUAUAUACCACACCGAAUGUCUACAUCGAAGAUGUAACAGUUGUAACAGACGUUGUGGGUGGUACAGGAUUUAUAAAUUACAAAGUGUCCAUAAGUGGAAGCACACAUUUUACACUGUCACUAACAUUGCGUGAUCACAGAGGGAAAGUUGUUGCUUCUAUCAUCGAUGGACCUCCAUUUGGAGAAUUUAAACUACUUGAUCCUAACCUGUGGUGGCCAUACCUGAUGCAUGAGAAUCCUGGGUACCUUUACAACCUUGAGGUGCAUAUGAAGAGCAAAAAUGAUAACACUCUGUAUGAAGAUUUUUAUACUUUACCAGUUGGAAUUCGCAAGGUCCAAGUUACCAAGACCCAGUUCCUUAUCAAUGGAAAGCCAUUCUAUUUCCAUGGAGUAAAUAAGCAUGAAGAUUCAGAUAUGCGAGGAAAAGGCCUUGACUGGUCAGUGAUUAUCAAGGACUUUAACCUUCUUCGAUGGCUGGGAGCAAAUUCAUUUCGUACGAGCCAUUAUCCAUAUGCAGAGGAAAUUAUGGAUUUGUGUGACAAGUAUGGGAUUGUGGUCAUUGAUGAGUGUCCAGGCGUGGGCAUCAAAAAUCCCCUGAGCUUUGGCAAUAAAUCCCUCGCUCAUCAUUUAGCUGUAAUGAAAGAGUUGGUGCAUAGAGAUAAAAACAGGCCCUCAGUGGUAAUGUGGUCCGUAGCUAAUGAACCUGCAUCUGCGUUACCUCAAGCAGGCCACUACUUCAAAACUUUAAUUGCAUCAACAAAAGCUAUGGAUCCAACCAGGCCUGUCACCUUUGUAACAGACACUGACUAUGAGACUGACAAAGGUGUCCAGUACACAGAUGUUAUUUGUGUGAACAGCUAUUUUUCCUGGUACCAUGAUUCUGGCCAUUUGGAGAUCAUUCAAUUGCAACUUGCCAAUCAGUUUGAGAAUUGGUAUAAAAAAUACCAAAAGCCAAUUAUUCAGAGUGAAUAUGGAGCGGAUACGAUAGCAGGACUGCACAGUGAUCCACCAGUAAUGUUCACUGAAGAAUACCAGCGAGCUGUAAUGCAAGAAUACUUUAAAAUAUUUGAUGAAAAAAGGAAAGACUACUUAAUCGGUGAACUAAUUUGGAAUUUUGCAGACUUCAUGACUGCCCAAUCCGUAACACGUGUGGAUGGAAACAAGAAAGGGAUCUUCACUCGUCAACGGCAACCCAAAAUGGCAGCCUUCAUUCUUCGGGAUCGCUACUGGAAACUGGCAAAUGAGGCCAGAAACAUUUCUCAGAGGUUCUAUUACCAGCUUCAAAAUGAAGAACAGGACAUCUGCCAAAGGGAUGAAAAAACAUGUACAGCCAAGCCUUCAUUUCAAUGACGACCCUAUCCCCUGUAAAAUAGGUAAGAAAAAAGCAGAUUUUUACCAAACCAACAUUGCCUAUCUGGUGCUCAUUUGCAAUUAUUUUCCCAGCCUGGUAAAAACAACACUAGGAAUUGUAACAGGUCAAAUGGAAUUAAUACCUCAACAGUUUAGCUUAGAAAUACAGCGUGAACACAAACCCUUUGGCCCACCGAGUCCAAGCCAGCCAACGAUCCCACACUCUAGGGGCAAUUUACAGAAGCCAAUUAAUCUACAAACCUGUAUGUCUUUGGAAUGUGGGAGGAAACCCAACCAGUCACAGGGAGAUCGUAAAGAUUAUAGUCAAGAUUGAAUACGUGUCUCUGGUGCUGUACUCUACUGCUGCGCCACUGGGCCUGCCUGUUUUGUAUAAACUAUGUUAUAGGAUUUUUUCAAAGUGAUUCUGAAGUAGCAGUAGACCAACCUUAAAUAAAAAUUCAAAUUAUAAUUUACAUAAGGUAGAUGAGAUUGUUGUUAGCUUUUGUUCAAAAAGCAUAUUUAAGGGCAUCUUUAAUGAACUUUUUCUAAUAAAGCUGUUUGACUUAAGGGGCUGUCCCACUGCGGCGACCUAAUCUGCGAGUUUAGAAGAGUUGGCUCUCAAACUCGCAGCAUGGUCGACUCGUGGUCCUGGGAGGUCACUGGAACUGUCCUUCAUGCUCGAGGGAAGUUCCCGCAUACUUGCGGCCUCAGUUUGGUUGAGGAAAAUUUUUCAGCAUGUUGGAAAAUUUUCCGCCAGUAAAAAUUGGUUGGCAUGGUUCUUUUGAACUCGUAGUGCAGUGGAGUGGGGUCGCCAUGUAGUUACAGGCAGUCGAGGGCAUCCGUAGGCAAUCUCCUUCACUGACCAGGCAUUUUAAUUGGCUCAUUGGAGUUUUCAGGACUAAGGAAAACCGACCGGUAAUUUAAAUGCCCGCUAAACUUUACUAUAAGUUGUCUGGCUUCUUAAAAGUGUCUCCCCUCCUCCUCCCCCCCCCCCCCCCCGCACUCUAAAGGAUUUAUCGUACACUGUGCAGCGGUCUUUUACCUUCCUGUUCAUCGCAGGUGUGAAUUUCAGACAGCGCUCCCCCGCUUUCCCUGCCCCCCGCCUUUGCAAUGCGUUUGUGUGUGUGUGCGCGCGGUCGCUCGAGGUUUUCCAGGCGAGUGCCCUCGAGCUUGAAGGUCGAAGACAGUUGCUGUAAAGUCGCGUCAGUGGGACAGGCCCUUUAAGCAUUCAAGAAAUGUUACCUACAGCUUUACUUUUACUCUUUUUUUAAAAAAUGCACUUAAACUGAACCAAGUUUAAGAGAUAAGUUACCAGUAAUGGGAAAUUGAAUACAGUUACUCCUUCAACAUGUGUGGCAGAAUUAAGUUCUUUAAAUAAUGUAUUAAAAUUUGACAAACGUGCAAUGUUUUUAUAAAAAUGUUUGCCACCAAUAAAAAUGUCAAUGACUGAAAAA